GCACGGAAAGGCGCCUCGACGGCAGCGACGCACACAAGCAUGCAACUUUUGCCAUGCCAAGCGCGCGCGCUGCGAGGGCGGGAGUGCCGUGCAACAACUGCAUUACCCAGGAUGUUCGAUGCGAGUGGCGAAAGAUGAAGCGGCGUGGUCCUAAGCCGAGGAAGGGCAAGCCGGGGGUCGUCGUUCCCAGCCAGUCUGCUGAAAAGAAGGCCCCGUCGGCAGCCGACAUCUCCAAUCUGCUGCUCAGCGACCAUCGCGUGGCAAUCGUAACCCACCUCUCGCCAAAACAAGAUGCUUUGGAGUUGCCCGAGACUACCAGUGCACAUGCUAGCACGCUGAGCUUUGAGGUAUCAUCUGUCGGCGAUCUACUGGACCAGUUCUACUCCGACAAGGUCUGUGCAGAGACCCGCGAAGCAAUUAUCACAUUCUUUGACAUACACUAUGCCAAGCUACCCAUCUUUCAUCCAUCCACUCUCAUCCCACUGAGUUCAUACAACAUGUCGGGCUACACCAUCGACACCGAGAAGCUGGUGACAAGCGUCAAAUCCCGCAUCUUGCUGUGCAUGGAUGAGGAGCCGUCGCUCGAAGUCAUGCAGGCCAUGGUGGUUAUGUCGCUGCUUGAAAUAUUCAGGGAGCGCCAUUAUUCGCUUGCAGCGCUGCUGAACGCGACCAUUGGGCUCAUCAUCCAGCUCAAGUGGAAUGAGAUUGACCUGUACAAGACCAAAAAGCCAGAGACAUGGGCCGAGUGGGUCGAGAUGGAAACCAAGCGCCGUGUGUUUUGGGCUGUCUUCCAGUUCGACAACCUGGUGUCCAUUACUGAUGGCGGGCAUUCAACGAGUAUUCCAGAGUCCGUCAUAUUCGUGCGUGCGCCGUGCAUGGACACUGAGUGGAACGAUAUCGACUUUGCAGACUACACGCCCAAAUGUAGGCAGCCAGCAGAGGAUACAGAACCUACAGACUUGGUCCUGCUGACAGAGACCCGCACCGUUGUCAGCGGUGCCAUCUGGGCUCCAAACAACUGUCGCAUCGUCCGCUUCCUCUGGGAUGCCAAGACAGGGGUAUACGACCGAGACAAGUACGGGCUUUCAGAGCGGCCGUUCCCAGCAGCCAACUUUCUGGAAAAGCUGCCCAGCAAGGGAAUACUGGCUUACCCGAUCCGCCGCAAAGCACGGCUCAUCUCGGAGUACCCAGAGUUUCAGAAGUACUCGGACCGCCUGUGCACGUUCUAUACGCAGUUCAUGGACAGGGCGUCAGAAGAAGGCUGCCUCCGGAACACCAUGUAUGGCCAGUUCCCGGUGCGUGUUCGGUACUUGGUACUGCAGUGCUUUGUCUGCGCCUCAUUCUUCGCCGAGUUCGAUUGCCCGCCCGAAAUGCAGCCCGAGAGCAUGAGCCCUGAUGACUUGAGAAAGCGUCUGCUGCUCAAGAAGCGGUUCGGUGCAACCUGGAGCCAGAGCCUGCUGGCUAACGACAUUGAGCCCGAGUCAUGGAAGGUGUGUGUCGAAUAUGCACACAAGCUUGCGCGAUUCAUCGAGCGCAACAGCGAUCUUCCGCACACCCGCAUCACAUAUGCGUCCGCACAGUGCCUGUUUAUUGUAUCGAGCGUGCUGUUGCGACAGAUAAACAUAUGCAAGACUGCACUUGGGACCGGCAGGGACUCCCAAAUGUCUCUGGAAGAGUGGCAGGAGGAGCUAGAGCGGUGCGUUGAGGAAACACGGGUGCUGUGGAGGAAACUACAGGGCUUCAACCUGAUAUGGACGACAACCGACAUGACCGACAUGCUGCUAUCAAUGGAUAUUGCAAAAGCGACCACCACAACGGAGCCAGUUGCUAAUGUUCUUGAAAAGUUCAGGCACGCAUGGCUGACGCCACCACGAUGUGUAUGA